GGGCACUGUAUCCUUUACCCAUGACCUAUCAGUCGAGCUCGAGCAAGAGAUGGAGAUGGAGAUGGAAGCGGAGGCGACAUGCACGGAGCCCACCCCCUCCUGCUGCCAUCCACAACUUUCGCAGGAAUCCAUCGCCCCUAGCUCGCUCGCUCGCCUCGGUCGAUCCCCAAGACAAGAUUUGUUCCGAUCCUCUCUCUUUAUAUCCUUCCGACGACCUGCUGCCUCCGUCCGCCUCCUCCAUUCCAUCGCCGCAGCCGCAGUCAAGUGUCGCUGCCAGUGAGUGAGCUCGCUCUCCUGUUCAUUGCAAGGUUGGUAUUGUCUUGGCGCUAGCUGUUGGGCGAAAGGGAUGGAGCAGGCAGAGGGGGCUGCGACCGCGAGGAGGGCGGAGCUCCAGCUGCUGCAGCAGCUAGAGAAGGAGGAGAGCAAGGGGAAGAGGAAGCGCGGCCGGGUGGAGCUGCGGCGGAUCGAGGACCGGACCAGCCGGCAGGUGCGCUUCUCCAAGCGGCGGAGCGGGCUGUUCAACAAGGCCUACGAGCUCUCCGUGCUCUGCGACGCCCGGGUCGGGCUCAUCGUCUUCUCCCCCGCCGGCCGCCUCUACCAGUUCGCCUCCUCUGGCUCCAGCAUUGAAGAAAUUUUUGGUCGAUACUGGGACCUCGCCAACACAAUAAAUGGUCUCAAUAUUGAAGCACGAGAUUCAACGGUUGACUGCAACACACAGGUUGUUCAGAAGGAGCAGCAGUCAUCUGUCAGCUCUUUACCUGAUCAGCUGAAUAUCAUUGCUCAAUGGGGCAUGGAAGCAAAUGCGGAGGAGAUGAGCAUGACUGAGAUAAGAAACUUGGAGGAAACAGUAACCUACGCUCUGGCCGCUAUUAGGAAUAAGCUGAGGAUGAAGGUGGUUGGGUUGCCCCAAACCUAAGAUUAGGUCUGGAACUAGUUUUUGCUGCAGGAAAAAGGAGGAGAAGCCCUCUGAAGACGAAAUGAGGGACCAUCCCGGUUCAAAAAAAAAAAAAAGAGGGACCAUCAUGUAGUGGACUCCUACCCGGAGGAAGAGUGUGCGCAACUGGAAAUGGGAGCCGCAUACAGUAUGUUUCCAAGCUUCAAGCCUGCAGGCAUGGCGAGAAGGUUAAGCUGGGGCCCUAAAGUCGUAAUCAGCAACUGUGAACUUAGGAAACUAGUUUCCCUUGAACAGCAUGGUCCUGUAUCUGUCAAACACUUUCAGCUGGUGUGCGUGUUCAUACUUUCACUGCAAGCUGCACACGCCCAUGUACAGCUAGCAAGUGUCUAACUUUCUAACCGUGGGUGCGCUUGCACAAAACGUGGAAAAGAUUAUGGUUUACGUCAUUGUAUAUACGUGGUGUAACAACCCACUCUACGAAAAAUUAGUAUUUGAUUGUUGAUUGAAAGGAUCAGACAAUAUUUCCAUU